AACAUUAACACAAUCGGAUCAAAUCAGGCAGAGAAGAGAGGGAAAUGGCAGGGAGACAAAUGGAAGAAAUACAGCGGAAGCUGGCGGUGCUGAACUAUCCCAGAGCGAAUGCGGCCGCUCAGUCCCUCCUCUUCGCCGGCCUCGAACGCUACUCUCUUUUUGAGUGGCUCUUCUUCCGCUUGUUGGGGGACAAGUCACCCUUCUCCCACCAAAACCUUCAAGGCGACGAAGAGACUGCUCGCAUUCAGUAUUUGGCAGAGAUUGCAAAGUUUUUGGGUAUUACUAAUACAAUAGACACAGAAGCAAUCCAAGGACGAGGAAGCUAUGAAGAUCGUACUGAAAUGCUUCGUCUAAUUGUAGAUCUUGUGGAGGCAAGCAUGUUUGCUGAUAAUCAAGAAUGGAGUAUUGAUGAGCAGGUAGCAAAGGAUAUACAGCUGAUUGAUUCCAUUGCUGAAAAGCAAGCUCAAAUAUUCUCUGAAGAUUGCAAAUUGUUUCCUGCUGAUGUUCAGAUUCAAGCUAUAUAUCCAUUACCUAAUGUUUCUGAGCUGGAGCAAAAGCUUUCAGAACAAUCAAAGACACUCUUACAUCUUCAACAAAAGGUUGAUGAUUUGGCAUCAAAGCAUGCUUACAACCCACAUGAGGACUAUGCAGAGGUGGAAUCCGCAUUGCGUUCCCAUUUGGAAUCUUUUCUGGAAACUGCAAGAUCAUUCAAUAUGAUUUACACCAAGGAAAUACGUCCCUGGACACACAUGAUGGAGGUACCGCAGCUCCAUGGGUUCGGGCCUGCUGCCAAUCGCUUGUUGGAGGCAUAUAAGAUGCUUUUGAAGUUUCUAGGGAACUUGAGGAAUCUUAGAGAUUCGCAUGCAGCUCUCGCUCUUGGAUCAUCUGACUCAGUUACCAGUGAGCCCUCUUCUGUGACGAGAAUAAUCUCAGAAUGUGAAUCGGCAGUGACAUUCUUAAAUCGUGACCUUGGGAUUCUUUCUGCUUCGGUUGCUAGAGAGCAAGGUGAGGAUGUCAAUUUGUGUUGAGGUCCUAUUGUUGGGGCGUAUGUGGCUUGGAAAAUCUAGUGUGUUGACCGUUCAUAAAAUGUAUUUUGAUUCUUGUAUUGAUAGCACAUAGUUGUUUGGUGCAACCAUUUAGCCACUAAAUGUUUACAAUGAAGCCAUAUUGAUGUAAUUGUGACAUUUGAUCCCUUCAGAAAUAGUCAUUAGACUUUGAC